UCCAGCAGCAGCAGCAGCAACAGCAGCCUCAGCAGCAGCAGCAGCCACAGCAGCAGCAGCAGCAGGCCGGCUUUGGUGCACCCCUGCAGGGCUUCCCCGGUGCGCAGCAGCAGCAGCAGCAACAGCAACAGCAGUUCAGCCAGACGCUGCAGCAGCAGCAGAUGUCGCAGGCGCAGGCGCAGUUCGCCAUGCAGCAGCCGCAGGCGGGCCCGCUCUCCGCGUACCAACAGCAGGGCGCCCAGCAGUUGCAGAUGCUCAUGACCACGGCUGCGUCGGCCGCCAUGAACCAACAGUCGGGCGUGCCGACGCCGCCGCAGGCGCAGGUGGCCGCCGCGCCGCCGCUCCAGCAGCAACAGCAGCAGCAGCAACAGCAACAGCAACAGCAACAGCAACAGCAACAGCAACAGCAGCAGCAGCAGCAGCAGCAACCACAGCAACCACAGCAGCAGCAGCGUGACCACAACAUGGCCACGCUGUGCCGCUUCAGUCAGGAGCACUUGCACGAUCUGGUCAGCCGCUCACAGGAGCUCUUCAACGUCCUCAAGCUGCACCAGCCGCCGAACGGCACCGCGCAGGGCGCCAACAACAGCGCUGACAAGCAGGGCAAGAUCAAACAGCUGCUGCAGAGCAUCCGCACCCUGUUCCACCGGCUGCGCAUCUUCCACGAGCGCAUCUCUGCCUGCUGCGCCGGCCUCGAGUUCACGCCCAUGGACGGAUUGAUUCCGUACAAGGAUGAACCGGACAGCAAACUGGACGAAAAGAAAAACUCCGAACAAUACCGGCUGGCCAUGGAAGAAUACAACGAAGUGAAGGAGCAGGUGCAGCUGCGCAACCGGUACCUCAAGGAGGUCAUCGACCAGCUGCGUAACAUGGUCUGGGACGUCAACACCAUGCUGGCCAUGCGCUCGCCAGCCUGAGCUGGCCGGCGCGAGACGCGGUGUGGCAGCUGUGGCGAGUGGCGCCUCAGUGUCGUGCGCACCCAUCAGUGUUCUCUGUGUAACCGGGGAGCGCCCGCGUGCACUGGCGUGGGGGCCUACUGUGCACGCACAGGCGUGGGGGCCUACUGGGCACGCACCGGCGUGGGGGCCUACUGGGCACGCACAGGCGUGGGGCCUACUGGGCACGCACCGGCGUGGGGCCUACUGGGCACGCACCGGCGUGGGGCCUACUGGGCACGCACUGGUGUGGAGGCCUUCUGGAGCUGUUUGGCGUUUGUUGUCACCGCGUUGUAUUUAAUGCAUACCGAGGCAUUGUAAAUAAACAUGGCAGGUGGA